GCGCGCGCGCGCUGCUGCAGUGACACAGAUCUGCGGAUAUAAACAAAUGCACGCAUUUAAUUCCGGAGUCUCUUACAGACAUAACAGACAUACUGGGGAUUUUUUUAAACCCGUUCUCCGGCUCUGAGGCACUUCAUGGUCCAUGUUGGUGAAAACAAGCCGCUUUCGGGAGCUGAAAUUUAUUUUAAAGCCUGUAUUUUGAACUAGUUUGUGCAUGUGUGAGGGAGAAAUAAGGAGGCAAUGACAGAGCUGAGGAAGCGCGGAGGAGCAGGAGGCGGAGAACCCGGAGAACCCGACAGCACUGACAAUAUCAGCGACAAGGAAGCAGAUGGAGAGGACAGACUUGGCCUGGCCAGUGAAGGGGAAGGGGACAUGGAGGGCGAGUGUAAAGCAGACACUCCUGACGUGCCGCUGUCCAAUGACAACACUCCACAGUGUCUCAACAAAGCCCUGGAGGGCCUGUCGUCCAGGUGGAAGAACUGGUGGGUACGAGGGAUUUUAUCACUUACUAUGAUCAUAGGCUUCUUUCUUAUCAUCUAUUUGGGACCCAUUAUGCUUAUAUUUGUGGUUAUGACUGUUCAGAUCAAGUGUUUUCAUGAGAUUAUAACCAUCGGCUAUAGAGUUUACCAUUCCUACGAACUUCCGUGGUUCAGAACACUGAGCUGGUACUUUUUGAUUUGUGUGAACUACUUCUUUUAUGGGGAGACGGUAGCAGAUUACUUCGGUGCAUUAGUCCAAAGGGAGGAACCGUUGCAGUUCCUUGUUCGUUAUCAUCGCUUCAUUUCUUUCACAUUGUACUUGGCAGGUUUCUGCAUGUUCGUUCUCAGCUUAGUGAAGAAGCAUUACCGCCUACAGUUUUAUAUGUUUGCUUGGACCCAUGUGACUCUGUUGAUUGUGGUAACUCAGUCUCACCUAGUCAUUCAGAACCUUUUUGAAGGAAUGAUCUGGUUUAUUGUACCAAUAUCGAUUGUCAUCUGUAAUGACAUCAUGGCUUACCUGUUUGGCUUCUUCUUUGGAAGAACACCUCUGAUUAAGCUCUCUCCAAAGAAGACCUGGGAAGGCUUUAUUGGAGGCUUCUUCUCUACAGUUGUCUUUGGCUUCAUUUUUGCCUACCUGCUGUCGCAGUACCAGUACUUUGUAUGUCCAGUAGAGUACAACAGUGAGACUAAUCGUUUUGCUGUGGAGUGUGAACCCUCAGACCUGUUUGUGAUGCAGGAGUACACCCUGCCUGUGAUGGUGCAGAAUGUCCUGCGAUGGAAAACGGUGAACCUAUACCCAUUUCAGAUUCACAGCAUCGCUCUCUCCUCGUUUGCUUCACUGAUCGGACCAUUCGGUGGCUUUUUUGCCAGUGGAUUCAAAAGAGCUUUUAAAAUCAAAGAUUUUGCAGACACCAUCCCUGGACAUGGCGGUAUCAUGGACCGCUUUGACUGUCAGUAUCUGAUGGCCACAUUUGUCCAUGUUUACAUAGCAAGCUUUAUCAGGGGUCCGAACCCCAGUAAGGUGUUACAGCAGCUGCUGGUCCUGCAGCCCGCACAACAGCUCAGCAUUUUCAACACGCUGCGCAACCACCUGAGAGAGAAGGGCAUGCUGCUUCCUGCUGCACCGGAGGAAUGAAGAAACACUCAUUUAUUCAGCACUUCAGUUAGAACAGUAAGGUUUAGCUAUCUAUCAGUUCACAUAACUGUGGAUGCCCAGCCAUCACUGUAGAAACUCUGGAGAAACACUAUGCAGUGGACUUUCCUCACACUUCCACUGCACAAACAGCUCUACAAAAAUGUGAUCACAAGGGGGAGGUGUGCUGCUGCUUCUUGUUCUUCUUCUGCUUCUGCUUCUUCUGCUUCCUCUUCUACUUAUUGUACUGAACUGCAUGUGAGAAAUGUCUUCCUACAAACCAGAAGGAAAGAUGGAAGCACACAGUAAGUGAAGUCUGAGGGCUGGGAGUUUUAAAAUAGUUCUUAAUGCUCAGUUUGGGUAUUAUACUGAUUUUAAAUGUGAUUGUAGUGUAAUUUAUGACGUGUGAUUGAACAGGAGAAAUAGUACAGUUUUCUUCUGCAGUAAUUCUAAGCGGUCACAUUGGGUUGUGAGAUGCUACAUUAUGCAGGAUUAGCAUGAUGAUAAAUCGUACAGGCUGCACAAAUAAUCAACAACCUAAAACAGCAUGAGUCGUACAGUUACUUCUAAAAGUACAGUAGCCCAUCUCUCUUUUCCCCAUGGACUUGCCAUUAGUUAGUUACUUUAAAAUUCCAAAGCUGUAGGACUUAGCAUUGAGAACUACACACUUGUAGUUAUGUAUUAAUGUAAAUAGAUAUAGAUUAUACUAAAAGAUUUAUGGUAUAAUAUAUAGCAUAUAAUUGAGAGACUCAAAAUCCUAUACAUGUUAUAGGAAUGAAAAUAUAUGCAAACAAUAGAUUUAAUAGUUUAUUUGUUUGCUUUUUUUAAAUAGAGAUUUAGCAUGAUUUAAUCUUCUGCGUGAAAGACAAUAAGGCGAAUGAAUGUUAUUUUUGUUUUUAAGGAAGAUGAGAACUAAACACUCAGUUCUCUAACCUGUCAAGAAAAUAUUUGUAGUGCACUAUCUUAAAAAAAAAAAAAAAAAAAAAAAAAAAGGUUAUCACCGAACAACGAUAUCAUAUGGUAGAAUCAGUGUGUCUUUAAAGGAGAUAGUUUGAGAUACAGAGUGAUGUAGAAAAUAAGUGUGCAUUUACUGUUAACUCAUCUGGUAGCCAUAUGAGUGUGUUACAUUAACUGAUCCAAUUAUAACAAUAACAACAACAAAAAAAAGGUUUGCUGAUGAGCAGAAGUCCUUCCUGUAUACCAAAGCACUGUCUACAUACUAGUGUCUACUCCUGUGCAAACAAAAAAACAAAUGGGCGAAGUCCAAGAUGGCAAAAUGUUAAGCUUUUAAUGGUCUUCAAAGCAAAUCAUUUGUAAAAAAUUAGUCAGAAAAUUAGCAAGAAUUAAACAAAUGCACUCCUGAGACCUCCUGUGCCUCUAUUUGCUGGUUUACUUUUGCUGCAGUGAAGUGUUUAGGGAAGUGCUAGAAACAGGGAAAUUCACUUAUAUAGUCUUCAUGUACACAAAGUUAAAUCAUGAUAAUAAUUCUAAUGUUUGGUGUAAAAUUCAAACUAACACAUGGCUGGGUGCACAAAAUUAAAAUAAAGUAAAUAACAACAUUAAAAAAAUACAUUUAAAUUAAGUUAAAUAACUAACACACAAAAAAUGUCCGCACAUGGUUUGUUGUUAAGACCAUUAAAAGCUUCACAUUUUGGGCUUGGCCAUUUAAACACCCCCCACCCCUUGUUGGUGCAUUAGGACAAUGCACCAAUAAUGCACUUCUUUCAUUAGUUGUUAUAUUCACACCGGAAUAUAAGAAUAAACAAUUAAAAAUAUGUAACCGUUCAUAUUUAAAAAGCCAUUUGACUUUUCACUAGUGUCUAGCACUUUUCUAGUUUUCCUCAAGCAAUAUCUUCUGCUCAUUGUGCUCGUUAGACUUCAGCUAUACAUGGAGACGACAGAAAUCAAGUUGACUUGGUGGAAUUUUGGGACCAGACCUUUCUACUGUACACCUUUUAAUCAGUGGAUAUGUGGCAAUCUAUUAUAACGUGACUCACCAUUUUCCCGUUUCAUUCCUAUCAGCAGUUUGUUUACAUGUUCUUCUCAUUUCAUUCUUUCCUCUUUAUGUCCGCUUUUUAAGUCAACCUGCUGAUGCAAUUAACAUUUUCGGUUUUGCAUGUCUAAAAGACGUAACCAGUUCAGGCCAAAAAAAGAUAAUACGCCUCUAGACCAGGUGUCUGUAAUUCAGAAUUCUGAAUUACUGCACGGUCAACAUUGUUGUUCAAGAUACAAUGCUGUUCCAGCUUACACUGAUUAACAACAAUCAGGCUUCAGACACUCUCAUUAUCGUCAUAUGUUAUGAUAUUGUAAUGUUUAUGCUUUGUACCAAAAAGUUGGGCUCAUGUUGUACUUUUGUUUUAAUAAUUAUUUAUGGGUUUGAUUUACAGUUUAUUUUUUAACAUAAAUCUAAAGGUUUUAAAUAGGAAAUAUUUAACAGUUACCAUGGAUACAUGAACAAAAAUGUGUUGGGGGCAAGUUCUAAAAUAAUAAUAAUUAUUAUGAUGAUUAUUAUUAUUACGUGAAUAUGAUUUUAGAAUAAAUAAAAACCUUACAUUUU